CUUGGGCUAUUGCGCAUGCACUUUGAGAAGGUGUUGAUAACGGCUGUUGGUCCUGGGUCAGACGGCUGGAAAAUGGGGAUGAGGACGGUUUGUGUGACGGUGUUGCUCUGCUGUGCUGUGGGGGUCGUCGCAAUCACAGACCUCACCAGACAAGAGAGACAGAAGGGCGCGGACGUGGUCCAAGCUGCGAUUGACCAGAUUCGAGAUUGGUGUAUUUUCUCACAGGAUAGGCUUUUUUUGAGACGAUUAGCCUAUGUCGAGUCCAAAGACGGCCUUGACCCCAAGACGUAUAGAAAUGGAUAUUACGGGGGUAUCUGGCAGGUAGACGAGUCUAUGUUCAGACAGACCAUUGCGUGUCCCUCAGCCAUCCGUCACGUCUGUAACGACAUCCAGACCAACAUCGGCAUCGACUGGCCUCGAGUUCAGUGGCGGGAUCUUUUAAAGCCGCUUUAUUCAGGUCUAGCUGCUUCUCUCUACAUCCAGCUGAAACAAGGAAACACAAUUCCGGGGAGCGUGGAUGCCCAGAGCCGGAUCUGGAAUAACAUUUACCAACCAAAGCCACCCAUCGCCAACUUCUCAUCUCUCGUAGUUACAGAAUCAUGCGACGCAGAACUGGACGUGACGUUCUUGGUGGACAGUUCUGGGAGUAUCGGAUCUACGGACUUCCAGAAAAUGCUGAACUUCCUGCAACAGGUGGUGGAGAGUCUGGGUGUGAGCAUUACAGGGACUCACGUCGCCAUCGUGCGCUUCAGCUCCUCCCCCAAGCUUAUAUUCCGCCUAAACCAGUACUACUACGCCGCCGAAAUUGUCAGGAAUAUCCAUAAGUAUGAAAAACACCUUGAAUCUGCUAAACACCUUCUGUUUAGUGAUGUGUAUCUGAACUUAAUAAUCAAACAAUACCACCCUCGAUUGUCCAGGGCGUUAUCACAGCAAAAAAAUGGGUACCCGGUGGGAUAAGUUAACCUUCUAGCA